ACUCGAGUCACUUGUACUUAUUGUUUCCACGUUGCUAUUGUUCACGAGGUACGGUCAGCAUGUCAAAUCUUAAAAGCGAAAGGAAACGCAAAGUAAUUCAUGGCGAGGGACGUGCCAUUAUUGCCCGCGUGUACCACUUUCUUCGAGACGAGUAUAAUUUUAUGAAAGCGAACAAUAUGGAUAAUUGUGAUUUAAGUCCUUUGGCUAAUAUACGGAAACGCACAGCUGAAGCUACAGGGAUCAGUGAACGAACUGUAACUGCAAUUUUAAAAGAAAAAAAAGAACUGCCAUCUUCUUCUGCAAGUUUUACUUCACCUAUGAAAAAACGACGUAAGAGAAAUAAUAAAUUUGAUUUAGACAACAUGAAUCUUGAAGUCAUUCGUACUACUGUGCAAAAUUUCCAUAAUGUACAAAAUCAAAAACCAACAUUGGAAAAUUUGCGAUCAGUUUUGAAAGAAAAGAUUGGGUUUGAUGGAUGCUUAAACACAUUACGUUCGAUACUAAAGAAACUAGGCUACAAAUGGAGAAAAAUUGGAAACGGCAGAGAAGCAUUACAAGAGAGACAGUUUCAGUUUAUUAUAAAUGUCAGUAAAGAUGAUGACAGUGACAAUGACAGUAAAAGUGUAGAAAUGUUCGAUGAAGGUAGUGAUAUAAAUUAACAUGAUUUAUUACUAAUAAUAAAUGAGGUAGCUUUUUAUUUUGUAUAGAGUUAAGGUACC